CCAGUGUGCAUGCGGGGAGUGCGGGGGAGUGUGUUUGUGUGUGUGCGUGUGGGUGUGAGUGCCUGGCUCGCUCUUGCUGAGACACACACACACUCACACACACACUCACACACACACAUACACACAACCCGCAGGCUCGUCUGAACUUGAAGACACCCCACAUUCCAAGAUGCCCGCGGUUCCUGGGAAUGCCUGGGGUUCUUGGAGCUGGAGAAUCCUACCAGCAUCUUCCUAGGGAGGGAUUUUUCUUUUUCUUUUUUCUUUUUCCCUUUUUUUUUUUUUUAAUCUGGAAGAGAAGAGAGCAAGUUGUGCUUUUUCCUCCCUUCUUCUUGCUAAAUGCCAUGGAUAUAACUGAAUAAGCCGCUCAGGGCUCUCCCUCGUGGACGUCCGAGGCCACCAUCUGCCUGCGUUUGCCGAAGCCGGAGGGCUUAGCUGGAGCCUGUCUAGGGCGGGGAAGGAUGCGUGGUCGAGCCGGGGAACCCGGGCGCCCUGCGGAGCCGGCCUUGGUGCCUCCCAGCCUGGGUUAGAUGCUGCCUCGCCCAGGGAUGUGGAAGAGAGUCUGGACAGCGGAUGUGGUAUGUGGAAGACCACACUGUGUCACUAGUGUGGGUGGAGCUGGGAGCUGCCACGCUGGCUCUGAGGCCAAGCUGAAAUGGCACCUCGGCGGCCUGAGUGACCAGACCAUGGAGACCCUGCUUGGUGGUCUGCUGGCGUUUGGCAUGGCGUUUGCCGUGGUCGACGCCUGCCCCAAGUACUGUGUCUGCCAGAAUCUGUCUGAGUCACUGGGAACCCUGUGCCCCUCCAAGGGGCUGCUCUUUGUGCCUCCUGACAUCGACAGGAGGACAGUGGAGCUGCGUCUGGGUGGCAACUUCAUCAUCCAUAUCGGUCGCCAGGACUUCGCCAACAUGACAGGGCUGGUGGACCUGACCCUUUCCAGAAACACCAUCAGCCACAUCCAGCCCUUCUCCUUCCUAGACCUAGAGAGCCUGCGCUCCCUGCACCUGGACAGUAACCGACUGCCCAGCCUUGGGGAGGAUACCCUGAGGGGCCUGGUCAACCUGCAGCACCUCAUCGUGAACAACAACCAGCUAGGCGGCAUCGCCAACGAGGCCUUUGAGGACUUUCUCCUUACGCUGGAGGACCUGGACCUGUCCUACAACAACCUCCAUGGCCUGCCCUGGGGCUCUGUGAGGCGCAUGGUCAACCUCCACCAGCUGAGCCUGGACCACAACCUGCUGGACCACAUUGCCGAGGGCACCUUUGCCGACUUGCAGAAGCUGGCCCGCCUCGACCUCACCUCCAACCGGCUGCAGAAGCUGCCCCCAGACCCCAUCUUUGCCCGCUCCCAGGCCUCUGUUCUGACUGCAACACCCUUUGCUCCACCCCUGUCCUUCAGUUUUGGGGGGAACCCACUGCACUGUAAUUGUGAGCUUCUCUGGCUGCGGAGGCUUGAGCGGGAUGAUGACCUGGAGACCUGUGGCUCUCCCGGGGGGCUCAAGGGGCGCUACUUCUGGCAUGUGCGAGAGGAGGAGUUUGUGUGUGAGCCACCGCUCAUCACCCAGCACACACACAAGCUGCUGGUUCUGGAGGGCCAGGCAGCCACGCUCAAGUGCAAGGCCAUUGGGGACCCAAGCCCCCUCAUCCACUGGGUGGCCCCCGAUGACCGCCUGGUGGGGAACUCCUCACGGACCGCAGUGUAUGACAAUGGCACCCUGGACAUCCUCAUCACCACAUCUCAGGACAGUGGGGCCUUCACCUGCAUCGCUGCCAAUGCCGCGGGGGAGGCCACAGCCACCGUGGAGGUCUCCAUCGUGCAGCUGCCACACCUCAGCAACAGCACCAGCCGCACUGCACCCCCCAAGUCCCGCCUCUCAGAUAUCACUGGCUCCAGCAAGACCAGUCGAGGAGGUGGAGGCAGUGGGGCUGGGGAGCCUCCCAAAAGCUCCCCGGAAAGGGCUGUGCUGGUGUCGGAUGUGACCACCACCUCAGCCCUGGUCAAGUGGUCAGUCAGCAAGUCAGCGCCCAGAGUGAAGAUGUACCAGCUGCAGUACAACUGCUCUGACGAUGAGGUACUGAUUUACAGGAUGAUCCCAGCUUCCAACAAAGCCUUCGUGGUCAACAACCUGGUGUCAGGGACUGGCUAUGACCUGUGUGUGUUGGCCAUGUGGGAUGACACGGCCACGACGCUCACAGCCACCAACAUCGUGGGCUGCGCCCAGUUCUUCACCAAGGCCGACUACCCGCAGUGCCAGUCGAUGCACAGCCAGAUCCUGGGCGGCACCAUGAUCCUGGUCAUUGGCGGCAUCAUCGUGGCCACGCUGCUGGUCUUCAUUGUCAUCCUCAUGGUGCGCUACAAGGUCUGCAACCACGAGUCCCCGGGCAAGAUGGUGGCCGCCACGGUCAGCAACAUGCACUCGCAGACCAACGGCUCCCAGCCGCCUCCUCUGACUCUGGCACCAGGCAGUGCACCCAGUGGGGCCUCCAGCGGGGUCCCUGCGCCAGGGCCGCCCAAGGUGGUGGUCCGCAACGAGCUGGUGGAAUUCAGUGCCAGCCUGGCCCGUGGCAGCGACUCCUCUUCCUCCAGCUCCCUGGGCAGCGGGGAGGCUGCGGGGCUGGGAAGGGGCCCCUGGAGGCUCCCACACCCUGGCCCCCGCCCCAAGCCCAACCUUGACCGCCUGAUGGGGGCCUUUGCCUCCCUGGACCUCAAGAGUCAGAGAAAGGAGGAGCUGCUGGACUCCAGGACUCCAGGCGGGAGAGGGUCUGGGACCUCCGCCAGGGGCCAACCCUCGGACCGAGAGCCACUGCUGGGACCGCCCGCGGCCCGGGCCAGGAGCCUGCUCCCCUUACCCCUGGAGGGCAAGGCCAAACGCAGCCACUCUUUUGACAUGGGGGACUUUGCUGCUGCGGCAGCUGGAGGGGUGGCCCCCGGUGGCUACAGCCCCCCUCGGCGGGUCUCGAACAUCUGGACAAAGCGCAGCCUCUCUGUCAAUGGCAUGCUAUUGCCUUUUGAGGAGAGUGACUUGGUGGGGGCCCGGGGGACCUUUGGCAGCUCAGAGUGGGUGAUGGAGAGCACGGUGUAGGCCUGGGGGAUGGGCAUCCUCCCUCCCACCCUUGCAGGAUGGAAGGAGGGGAAAGAAUCUUUUCUGGCAAGUCUUUGUGGAGUUUCCAUGGUGAUGUUUACAUCCAGGGACAGUUUCAUCUCCCUGUCAACGCCCCCCACCCCCAACCACCCACACCACCUUCCCAGGCCCGUCCCCCACCACCCAUUGGGUGUGCUCAGGGAAAGCGGACUUGAUCACUAAAAUGUUGGACUGAGCCCUGAGUGUUUGGAAAGGCGGCCUCCUGCCUUUCUAAUCACAAAUGUAGCGUAUAAGCAAGUGGCUUUGGAUUGUUUCUGGUUCCACUGUUGUUUUUAUUUUCUAAUUUAUUUUUUCCACUUCCCAGACUCCUCCUCUUCAUUCACACAGAUGAUGGAGAGUUUGUGUGUGAAAGCAAAGUGUGUCCCAGCAGUCCUGGUAGUGGAUGAUUAUUGCCAAUUCACAAGAGAAGGGAAUGAUUCUGGUUCCACACUUGUUCGGGGGAAGACUGUGGAGGUCCCUGCUCAGACCCUCAUAUUCCCAGCUGCCCUACACCUGGGAGGGAUGAGAGACCCCCUGAGACCUGGCCCAGGCUCCUUUGCUUCUCAAACAUGACAUCCACACCCACCAAAUUGGCUAAACCACCAGGGUAAUUUCCAGAACUUCUUAUAUGAGGGGAGCAGGGAGGGAGAAGAGCUUUAUGGGGCAUAAGGGAUUUUAACUUUUGGAAUUGCUAUGGAAUUUUUGCCUCUUUUUUUGAAAUUGGAACUGAAAGUCCCUAUGAACAUAUGGUGAACCAAGAAGGCUUCUUUUAAGGAAAGCAGGAUGGGUGGCAAGAAGAGCACUGCACCUGCAGUCGAUACUUGGAGCUUGGGUUCCAGGGCCGCCACUGAAUAGUCAGUUGAAUCCCUUGGACAAGACCCCUUCUCUUUGUAUCUCAGGCUUCUGGUUCUCAAAAUCCUUGGAUUGUGGUAUGUCUCCAAUUUCCUUCCAGUUCUAAGGAUUAAUGAAAACUCCCUGACCCUAAAUGUUACGGUUUAUGAUUCAACAGUACUAGGAACACAGUGUUAGAAUAGUCCCUGGCCUUCCCACUGGACACACGGGAAGAAUUCUAGAAGCUUUGGAUGGGGAAAGAUGAAUCUUUUUAGAAUCAUAGAGUUUUGAAGCUUGAAAAGUUGUUUGUAAUCAUCUCAUCCUCAGCCCUCUCUCCUCUUGACUCCCAGAGUUUCAGAGACUUGUCCCCAAGGUCACAAAGUGAGUUAGCGACUAAGUCUUGGGAGGGGUCAAGACCACCUACCUCCUAAGGGUGGUGUUUGGGAUCUGUUUCUCUGGCCUUCACAUUCCUAAACCAGGGCAUUUCUAUGUCCAAAGUCUUAUCCCUGUUUGUUCAAGAAAGUGGCUCAGGGUGGGACACGGGGGAUGCCUUCCAUGGAUGUCAUUCAUGAGGAGGAUCCACUCAUGGAAAUGACAGUGUGGCAUGGUUGGGGCCCUUGUGCUCCGUGCCAUCUAGGGAUUAUAACCCCCACACUCCCCGACAGUGCCAAGAGGGGGCAGAGGAGAUGUGGCCAGGGAGAAAUCGCUGAAUCUGAAAAACUUCCCUCUUCAUCUCUGUCUCUCCUGGUCCCUAUCUGUUCCUGGUCUUUCCUCAUUGCCAACACACUACCUCUCCGUCUCCCCAGCUCAUUCUUUCCUCCCCCAAGCCUCUGCCAUAGAUCUGAGCCUCUCUCUUUCUUUCUUAUGCUUGCCAACCACACAGCAACAAAGCCUACAGGUGAGUCUACCAGACCUUAGAGUUCUGGUAGACUCAGCCCUGGAGUUGAGCUGGUUGUCCCCAGUCAUACCCAGAGCACAUAAGGAGCAGAUGAGGAACUAUCCACGCAGGAUUGCCUUCUGGCCUCAGCCCAGGAGCCAGUUCUCUGUCUUCAUCUUUCUUUGCUCCUCAUUUUUUUUCUCCUGUGACACGCUGCCUCCCCCAUCCCCUUUCUGAUCCGGACAAGGUGACUAACAGACCAGGUGAGUCCCUUCCUGGGAUCACAAGUUAAUUUCCCAGGCCAGCCCCAGCGGCAGAGCUCAGGCCUUUGCUAAUCAUGGUGGCGCCCACAGAACCGGGGAACUGGAGAGGAAAUCUCUCCCGCUAGCCAGCCCUCUUUCUCUGUCCUCUUCUCUCCUCUCCUUUUUCUCUCUGCUCUUUUCCCAUUCAGACUUUUUAAAUGUAGCCAUUGAGGAAGAGACCCCAAAUACCACUUUUCUUUUCGUCUUUGGGUUCAAACACCCAGAACGAAAGUGGUGGACAUGGAAAGGAAGGAGCCGUCUGUUCUCGUCGGUGGCCGCGAGCUCUGUCGUGACACGAUAUGUACUUGGCUUGUGUUUGUCAUGUUCCUGACUUGGAGUUUUGGAAAGCAGCAUCCCUGUGGUCAGUAUAUAAAUGCCAAUCUUUUCCGUUGCUAAAAAAUGUACAGUAAAAUGUACAGUUUAAAAAAACAACCACCAACCACACUUCUUGGAAGGGAGAAAAAAAAAAACAUUCUCAUGCCUGUAAAUGUCUGAUGUUCAUUUCUCUGGAAACUGGUUUUCUAAAGGUGGCGUUGGAGUGGCAUUUUCCUUUGCAUCCAUGUUCGUACCUGCCUAGUGGGAGCCUGCUGCCUGCCAAGUUCAUAUACAUGAUGGGCCUUCUAAAAUAAGAGAACGGGCAUCUUCCUGGAGUAAAGAACAGUAGAAGAAUCUGGAGUCCUAAGAAGGACUAAUACCUCCCCAGCUACCCUGACUAUCCCACCUGAUACCUUGAUACUCUGAUGCACCAGCCCUGCUACUAUUUCCUGGACUGAGGCCACUACCACACUUACUCACGAAGGGCACACGGGUACCUUCCAUCCAUUGGUUGAGCCCUGGGCAGCACUUUUUCAAAGGGGUCUUUUACUGGGGGAUGGGGACAACCAACAAAAACAUAACCCCAAGGUACAGAAACAAAUGAACUUCCGGAACACAGUUUCCCAACUUUGUCUUCAUCUAA